UUCCAUUGAUUUCAUAUUUAAAAGGUUGAACCUCGAUCUUCUUAUAAAGCAAAACUUGAAUCACUAAUACUGGUAUACAUCACUAUUUUGGUAUACACUUUUGUUCUUAUUGAUUAAAGGGUAUAUAUGGAGCUUGAAAUUAUUGCAGGGUUUAUUUUACUAUUAUUUUUAUGGGGUUUAUGGCUGUGGCGCUGCCGUGGAGCGGGGGCCGAUCGGCAACUUCCACCAGGGCCGCCAUGUUGGCCGGUAGUUGGAAAUUUGCUCCAACUAAGUUUUUCUGCUCACGAAUCCUUCACAAAACUCGCUGCUAAGUAUGGCCCAAUCAUGACCCUCCAACUCGGAUCAAUGAAAACAGUGGUAGUUUCCUCAAGCACGGUGGCGCGUGAGAUGUUCAAAACACACGACGUGCCUCUCUCAGGACGAAUGAUAUACGAAGCAAUGAAAGGAAACCACGGCACACAAGGCUCCCUAAUCACUUCCCAAUACGGUCCUCACUGGCGGAUGCUACGACGACUUGCCACAUCGGAGUUCUUCGUUGCCCGCCAGCUCGAAUCCAUGAAACAUGUCCGCCGCCACUGCAUCGACGCCAUGAUACGCCACGUCGAGGAGGGAUGCGACCCGUGUGGGAACGCUCCGGCGUUGGACGUGGGGAAAUUCGUGUUCGUAAUGGGCUUUAACUUAAUUGGGAAUUUGAUAUUUUCGAAAGAUUUAUUGGAGGCAAACUCGAAGAGGGGAAAGGAAUUUUAUUACCAUACGAGAAAGGUAAUGGAGAUGGCCGGAAAGCCGAAUGUGGCGGACUUUUUGCCGGCGUUACGGUGGUUGGAUCCGCAAGGGAUAAGGAGGAAGACGCAAUUUCAUGUGAAUAAAGCGUUUGAAAUUGCUGGGGAAUUUAUAAAGGAGAGAUUAUUAAUAAGGGAAAAAAGGGAUAUUAUUAAUGAUGAUGAUGAUGAGAAAAAAGAAGAAAGUGGGAAAAAAGAUUACUUGGAUGUGCUUUUGGAGUUUCGUGGCGAUGGAGUUGAGGAGCCUUCUCGUUUCUCCUCUUGGAUCAUCAACGUUAUCGUCCUCGAAAUGUUCACGGCAGGGACAGACACAACCACCAGUACAUUAGAGUGGGCAAUGGCGGAGCUCCUCCACAACCCAGCGUCGCUGCAGAAACUUCAGGCGGAGCUACGAGCCACCAUUGCGCCGAACGACAAUCUCGAAGAAACCCAUCUCCAAAAUCUCCCAUAUCUGGACGCCGUCGUCAAAGAAACCCUUCGCCUCCACCCGCCGCUGCCGUUCCUCUUUCCGAGAAUGGCCAUGAAGCCUUGCAACAUCCUCGGCUAUCGUAUUCCGGCUGAAACCCAAGUCUUAGUCAACUUUUGGGCCAUCGGACGUGACCCCAAAAACUGGAAAGAUGCUUUAGUUUUCUCGCCGGAGAGAUUCUUUGAUCCCUCCUCCGGCAGCAAGGAUUUCAAAGGUCAACACUUUGACUUCAUUCCUUUUGGCUCCGGGCGCCGUAUGUGCCCGGCGGUGCCACUGGCAUCGAGAGUUCUUCCUAUGGCUUUGGGGUCGUUGAUUUUAUCGUUUGAUUGGGCUUUGCCGGACGGAGUUUCGCCGAAGGAGAUGGACAUGUCGGAGCAAAUGGGAAUUACUCUACGAAAGAAGGUUCCUUUGAAGGCUAUUCCGACUCCUCACAAACGACGUCGUUUUGAUUAAAAAAAAUUCAGGUUUUUAUUUGGUGUGUGUGUACAUAUAUAUGCCAAAAAAGUUGGUGAAUAUUAUAUAUCUGUCUAAAUACAGGUAUAGGCAAGUUAUUUGUAAAACCAUUGUCAUCAAAUACAUUAGAAAGUUCGCUAUGCUUAAAAAAAAACUCAAUCGUAGUUGUAAUAAUUAAUACUUUUGUAAAAAUAAGAACGUGCAAACGUAUUUUUAUAUAGUGCACUUUCAUUGUUUA